CGAUUCACACUGUAUGUCAGGACAAAAACCAAGCCAUGAAUUCCAACAAACUCUCUGCAGACCUCCGUGUUAAAAUUGCCAUAAAAUCAUUUCUAAAGCUUUGAGUGUUCCAAGGAGCAGAGUGGCCUCAAUAUUUAUGAAACGGAAGACGAUUGGAACCACCACAACUCUUCCUAGACUUUGCCGUCUGGCCAAACUGAGUACCCAGGCAAGAAGGGCUUUGGCCAAAGAGGUGACCAAGAACCCAGUGAUCACUCUAACAGGGCUUCAGAAGUCCUCUGCAGAGAUGGGAGAACCUGCUGUAAGGACGACCAUCUUGGCAUCAUUCCAUCAAUCAGUUUCUGGUUGAGGAGUACACAGGGCAAUGGCAAGUUCCUCUUCCCCAGCUGAAGGUGCUGCGGACAGCACUCUGCAGUUUCACCAAAGCCACUGCUGCCUUCCCUGAUGACUGUCAGCAUAUCCACUAUGUUCUCAGUAGUCUGGCCUUGAGCUUCUUUGAACUGAUGCUGUUUUUCAGCAAAGAAGAAUUUGUGGAAGACCCUUUAAAAGACAUCCUUGAUUCCUUUCAGGAGUGUCACUCUCAGCUCCUGAGGCACAGGAAUGGCUACUUUCAGCAUGUGAAGCAGAUCAUCAAAGCAGGAGGCCCAUGGGAGAAUCCAGUGCUGCAAGGAAUCCUCAAGGAGGCAGACUUUCCACCAAAAGAGGUUGAGGACUACUUGAGCUCAGAGUUGCCAGUAUUCUUGGAGCUGCGGGUCCGUUAUCUGCAGGCCUGUGAACGAAUACAGGAGGCCAUGGCCCUGUCUAAAAGCUGCCUGGAAAAUCAUGAGGCUGGAAAGCACCUGUACUUCCAUCAGGCCUACCUGACCUGCCUCUAUAAGGCCUCACUGCAUGAACAUCUUCACAAGGAGAUGGCGGAGAUAGAUGGCCGUGAUGCAGUGGAGAUCAUCUGCAACACAGAGAGCGUUGAAAAAGAUGAGCUCCUGUUGUCACUGUGUAAAGCUUUCCUUACCCAGCAUCUACACAAUGGAGACAUGUAUUACAUCUGGGACCUGGUGUUCAUCUGGAGUAGAUUGCAUCUUAGGGCCCAUCCUUCCAGACAGGGCUUCCUGGCUGAGUGCUUACAACUUGCUGCCUCUGCUACCAAUGUCAGAGCCAUCUUCCCCUUCGUCAAACUGGUCACCACAGAGGUGGGUGGUGAAGGAAUCCAGGUCUGUGUGGAGCUCUGUGCCAGGGCCUUGCAGCUAUGUGACAUGCCGGCUGACUCUGUAACCCGGUCACUGGUUUGCAAGACCAUCGCCUUCCUGCUGCCUCAUGACCUGGAGAUUUGUCGAGCGUGUGCCCUACUGGUCUUCUGCCAGGAACGCAGCCUGGAGGCUUACCGAACUGUCUGCCUGCUUUACAUGCAUCCUGACCAGGAGCCCCAUCCCCACAACAGCCCUGUCCGGACCAAUGUUCGCUUCCAUAUUCUGCAGAUGCUGAAGGAGCGCCUGUGCUUUGACCCUGAGUUUUGGAACCUCCUGACCCUCAGGACCCGUUGCUUGGAGUUGAUAAGUGACAAGGUCAUGAAGGCUGCUGUUCUAAAUGAGAUGAAGGAAGAAGAGAGUAUACAGUAUACUGAAUACAGUGAAGAGCUGUUAACAAAUAAUUGUUUAAAUGACUCAUGCACUCAGAGUUUCAAUUUGUGCCAGUGCACUGAAGCUACAUUUGUUAAACAAGACCUCCCAGAAAAGCAGAUUAUAGGUGGACAGGUAGGAAAGUGUGUUUCUCCAUCAAAUAAUGAUCUCUUGAAGAGUAGAAAAUGGAGGAGAAGACUGCGGAGGAGAAAACAUUCUGUGUCUGAUGAUGAGGCAGACCCUGGUGAUGAUCCAGAGAUCACAUACAAUCUCAAAUCCACGUCUUCGGGUAAUAAGCCUAUGUACUCACUAAGAGGCAAUCACACUAACAUGGAAAAUUCUGCUUCUGCAAAGCUCCCUCUAAACCGCAAGAGAGAGUACUUGUCUAGAUGUGUGAAGAGCCAAAUUUUGAAAAGGAAAGGUCAGAAGAAAAGAUGGUUGCAGGGUCUUCCAAGAGUGGAGCAGGUACAGACAGUUAAAGAGAAGAAGGUCAAAGUUAAAGGGAAAAAAAGGGGAAGGAAGCCUUUACUGAAACUGGAACUCUCUUACCCUGAUAAUGACAUAUUCCUUACUGAGGACACAUCUGGUUUUGAGUUGAACACAGAAGUCACAGAGCAGGAUAUGCCUCAUCUGGAGAAUGAACUUGGACAAAAAAGUGAACAAAAAGAAAAUCAACUUGAGCAGAUGACUGACCUUGAGAAAGAAAAUGGACUUGGGAAACAUACUGACUUGUUCUCUGUUAGCAGGCUCAGUGGACAAACCCAAGAGGAAUCUCAAACACAGCUUAGUUCAGAGCUUGCUGUUGAAGCUGAUCCUGAGCUUGAUGGACCACCUUUAGAGUUACUGGAUUGUCCAAUAGAACUGUUACACAGUUACUCCCUUAAAUCCAAAAAGCCUGACAAUGAGAAACUCCAACCUCAAGAAUCCUCAGCAACAGAUGAGCUUAAUGGUGAUGCAAAACAGGAGCCCCAACCCACAGUGGUAACAGAAGUCUCAAAUACUGAGGUGAAAGCCAAGAGAACAUGGAAGGACAGAGUACUCCGAACUCAACAAUAUGCCCAUUUGACCCACCACUGCAACUUCUGCCGCAAAGACUAUAAAGGCUUGAAUGUCAUGAGGCAUGCUCUCUCCCACCUUAAAAGUACUAAACUAAGAUGUAUACUCUGUGGAAAACGCUUUAAACAGCUUCCUUUUGCCAAAAAGCAUGUUCUGGAACACAUUGAUGAAAUGUGCAAGCAAAAACCCCCUGAUAAGGACCCAUGCACUGAGGACACUCCAGCUGCUAAUGGAAUAGCAGAUAAUGUGGAAAAUCAGAACCAGCCUCAGGGUGAAAAUCCGACAUCUGUUUCUGAUGAGGAAACUCCUCAACAGAAACCUGGAGGCAAAACUAAAGUUUCCAGCCUCAGGAGGGAAGAUCGAAUCAUCAGAAACCUGCGCACCCUCAUCAAAAAGACAUCUGUGCUUCACAAAAAGUGCAAGAACCCUAAUUCAAAUAUUUUCAAGCAGGUAGAUUUCAAGGAUGAGCAGGUAGUCAUUAAAGAUGGCAUGGUGAUUGUAAGAGAUCCAUCUGUAAUGAAGAACGAGGUGGAAGGAGACGGGAAGGAGAACCCAGUAGGAGAAAAUGGCUAUGGUUUGGACAUCAUAUAUCACUUGUGCCCUUCAGAGUCCUGUGAUAGAGUAUUCUUGAGGAUCAGCACCACACUAACAAAGCACGCUAUCAAAUGCCAUAUUAAUGAAGAGAAAGUGCUGGAGAAGACUUUUGUUUGGGCCAAGCACAAGUGUACCCUCUGUCUCAGGCAGUUACAGUUUCUCCAGCAUUAUAAGGACCACAUGAAGCUCCAUGAUACUCCUCUCCAGCACUUCUGCUACCAUCUAGAGUGUAACCAGCAUUUCUUGACACACCAAGAAUUGAAGGACCAUGUCACCACCCACCAGCCCUUCAGACCCCAGUGUCCCUUCACAGACUGUGAGAAGCUGUUCUCAACCCUUCAGGGCCUCUAUGACCAUGAAUGGAGACACUACAUCCCAGCACCUCAAAGAGAGGAGCUAGAGUUGGGACCAAGCAGACAGAAAAAACAAAAUGCUGAAGCUCCGUGGAAGCAGAGAGUGAAGGUCGAGGAGUUAUGGCUGCAGAAUAAAAAGGGGCCGAGGGACAGUCCCACCCCUGAUCACGUUGAGGCCUCUAAUCUUGAGGAUCUCAGGGAAAUGAGCAAAACUGAAGAGCAGGAUUGUGAAGUAAAUGUUCCAAACAGUAGUGAAGACCUUUCCAGAUCAGAUAAUUGUUCUGAGAAAACAGUGAGUUAUGAGCCCACGGACGACAGCAAAGCCACCAUCAAUGGAUAUGAGGAUGUGACAAAAAAUUUGUCAGAUGGAUCGAUCUUCACUUCCCACACUGGCACUGCUGCAACCACUCCAAGUAAGAAGUGUCGAAAAAGAACGCCAAUCGAGUGGGACCCUUUGAAUGUCAGAGACCUUGAGGACUUGUCUACAUUGGCUGAGGGAGUCCAGCAGAAACUGGGAGAGCCACACAUCACUGAGCACAAAACCUUCAAACCUGAAGAUCCCUCCUAUGCGACCUUUGUCAAAGCUCCUUUCAUCCGGCCACCACCCUCCACCUACCUGGAUGAAUCUCUGCUCUCAAUGCGCAAGAGGAGGUCCACUAAUGAGGCUGCUCUUAGGAAAAAUGUAUACUGGAGCAAUAAGAAAAAGAAGGAGCCCGUCCAAGAGAAGGAGCAGCAGGUAGAUUAUGUGGCCCCUGAACAGAAGAUCAGACAUCGCUGCGACAAAUGUCUGUCCUCCUUCAGCAGCUUAGAAGAUUUACAGAAACACCAAGCCCUUAACACUUGCUCUGCACUCUUUGGCUUCGAUUCGGAUGAUGAAAAUUAGUGCACGAAGAGGAGCUGAAGCUGGACUGACCAUUAUACUCCAUCACAUGGCUCAGGGCAAGCCUUGAAGAUAAAUGGACACUGGAACCCUUUCUCAAUACAGUACUUAUUUAAUUCUUGGAUACCAGUUUGAUAUAAAGGCUGGAUAUGUGCCAAAAUGGUUAAUUGGAGGAUUUUAUUAAUUUAUAAACCUUCUGAAGCAAUAAUUUUGACAGCUAAAACCAGUUUUGAACACAUUGUUUUUCCUUCAGAACAUCAUCAAUCAAAAAAAAAAAAAAAAUCAGCGAUAAAUUUAUUAGGGAUGACACGGUGGGGAAAUGUUCCCACUGGGUAAUAAACUCAUGACAACACCAGUGCUACUGAUUACACUGAACAUGAUUCAAGAAAUGGUGUCGGCUCAGUAUCUGCAGAGCGCUUACUGAUAUUUAACUUUAGAUCUUUAGAUCUUCCCCUUACUUUUUGAACGAAACGAAUGCGUGUUACCUCCAGAUGCUGCCACCUUCUUCAGACAAAGUUUGCAGAUUGCCUCACUAAUGCUAUCAGGUUCCCUUUUGGCAUUAGGUUUAAAUCCAAAAUAUUGCCAAAUAGGCGCUUUUGCUUUUCGCUUUGAUACCAAAUCCUCCACCAUCAUCUUGUCGGUCAACUCUCCUCUCAUCCCGUGAUAAGACUCCGCUAUUCUGUGAUGCAACUCUGCUCCGCUGUUGCACAGACCAGACACUUUCAGUUUAUAAUUGUAGCGUACAUUGAGUAUUUAUAACUGGUAUUUUACAAAUUAAGAGUUUUUUAUUUGAUGAAUGUGGGUGCUACCACUAUGCGCAUAAAUGAACCAAAUGGGUUUUAUGUCUAUAUAAAAAAAAAAAAAAAGUCGGUGGGGCUGGUGGGAAAGUUGUAUGUGCCUGAACACCGUGUUACCCCGGUAACACUGACUGUCGCGGGAACCCUAAAAUCUAUUAAUUCUCAUAAUUUAUGAUAAUAUUUAUUCACCUUUUCAAACAAAAUUAGUCAUAAAAACAAAUUUUGUUUUCUCAGCAUAUCUAAAAGUAACUUUAAAAUGUCUGGGAACUGAGAAACAAUAUACAGGCCAGGAUGACCUCCCUAGAAUAAAAAACAAUUGUUUUGCAAAGUACGUACAUCCAUAAAAUAACUUCACACAUAUAUCAGUAUUCCUUUUUUUAAAAAAAAAUUCCUUUCUCACAGAAUGCCAGCGUUGUAAUGACAAACUUUUGCUGGAUUUAACAUACUGUGGUAAAGUUAUAGUACCAUUUGAAACAGUAUGUGUCAUGUUGAGGUAAUGGUUUGUGAACCUGCUUAGGUAAACAUAGUGCUCUUCAAUGUAUAUGCAUUUCUAAAACAUCAUUAUUGAAGCAACUACACACAGUUUCAACCUGAAUUUCAAGCAAAUUCCAUAGCAAGUACUGACAAAUUUAUUUCAGUCAUUCAUUUUUAGUGACUAGGUAGAAGGAGGCAAAGCUGGAUGUAUGGAUAAAUGAAAUGCUUUUGCCUUUUCUAGCAUACUUUGACAUGCUUAGAGGUCAGUAAUCUAUCACAAUACACAAUUAAUCAUAAGAAGGUGGAGGAGUCCAGGUCUGCCUGGUCUAUUUCUUGGUAUUUUAUCAAUUCUACAUAGAAGUACCUUAUAACUAAACACUCAUCUGCAAAUCUUGCUGUCAGUCACUUGACAAAUAAGCAAAAAAAUGCUUUAUUAGGUGUGUUUUGCACCAUACUGCAUCAGACAUUUCAGUAGUCACGGCCAUACAAAGCAAUGGAGGAAUCCCCUUCAGAAAUUGGUAUAGCUUCAAAAAUUACUCAAUGCCAUUUACUAGAAAUGCCAAUGCAUUUCAAUCAUUCAUUUCUGGUUGUCUUUCAGUUUAACCUGUUGACACUUAAUAGUGCAUUCCCAUUUGGGUCAUAUACUGAAGUCAGGUAAAGUAAGCCUGCGAGAUUGUAAUUUUUUUAGUCAUAUUUUUAAAACGUUCACAUAUUUAAUUUGAACUUAUUAAGGGUUUCUUUUUCUCUGUCUCCACUCAGACUUUUUGGAACAUUUAGUUUAAUUUAUUUUUUGGAAAGAUUUAAGAAGAAAAGAUUGUUGCCAGCAAACUGAAAGGAUCUAGCUUCGAAUCAGUUUUCUCAUGCCUUGUUGGUAAAAACUCUUAGUGGCAGAGGCCAAAUGAUGCCAGAAACAAGGCAUCCUUAAUGGCUUCAGCUUAUGAUCUAAAAGCAAUCCUGUUUUUUUCUUAAGAGUAUGGAUUUUACAUGCAGUACAUCAUAGCCAGAGUUUUCACCUGUAUGAAAUAUUGUGAAAAGGCAUAACUGAUGGAAAGUUGAGAUCAGUGCAUGUUGCCCUCUCUGUUUAGAAUUUACAGUCUUCCAAAUAAAUCAUGGGCCACUCUGAGCUUUGGUCUUUGUAGAGAGGAUGUAUAAAAGAGGUUCAUUAGACAUGACAGUAACAGUGGAAGUGUGGUGGUUGUGUCCUCUUUCCACAUCUCUAAACUGUUCAACUUUAUUUUAAUUCUGAAUACAUCCUCCAAACCUUUGUCACAUACAGCGACUUAAAACUGUAAGAGGAGCUGUUUUCAGCUUAAUAUGUGUGGGCUGCUGUUUUUUGUAGUUAGACAGGAUUGGGUUUGCCUUUCUUGACUAGUCUUCUGGUCAUGGUAAGACAACAUGAAUCACUAGACUCGUUAAAGCCGUGACCAAAAGGUCUGAAACCAUGUAAAUCUGCCUUCAUACUGUCACACUAAUUCUCUGUACAGCAUAUGCAUUAUUCACACUUUUAUUAGUGCCAAGACUGAAUCAGUGUUAGACUGUAGGUAAAGAUGAACAUUAAAAACAGUACCAGUUUGCUUUGAAUUUCAAAGUUUUUAAUUGUUACGCAGUUUAACUCAUUAUGUAGAAUAUUUUUCAUUGUUCCUUGUUAUGUAUAUACUUUUAAGAUGGUUGAUCUGUUUGAUAACUUUUUAAUGUAAUGUUUUUAUGGGACUGUGCACUUAAACCUGCUUAUUUAUAUGUACAGAUGUUCAUAGAUUGGAUUUGUAAAGGUAAUGAUUACUUAUCUAUUUUUCUUAAAGAAAAGGAGAUUGAAUUUGUUUGAAUAAAC